AUGGAUACAUAUUCUCUCAAUGAUUCCGGUUGUGUUUCCACUCCUCUUCCAUCAAAGUUACCAUUAACUUCUUCUAUUGAUAAUCCUUUGACUGAUCCCAUGGUUUAUAGACAGUUAAUUGGUAAACUGAAUUUUUUAUUACAUACCAGACCCGAUAUUUCUUUCUCCGUACAAUACCUUAGUCAAUUCAACCAAACUCCUUGCCAAACUCAUUAUGAUGCAGCCCUUCAUGUCUUAAAAUAUCUUAAAGGGACCAUUUCUCAAGGAGUUUACUUCAACGAUAAACCUACGUAUCAUCUUGAAGCAUAUUGUGAUUCAGAUUGGGUUGCAUGCCCUGUAACCCGUCGUUCAGUCAGUGGGUAUUUGUAA